GGGGGUGAGGGAGGGCGCUGCUGCCUGUGUGAGGGAAUGGGGGGGUUCCCACGGUUGGGCUCUGACUCCGGCACUUAUUCCUCCGACGAAAGGAAAGUGCAAAGGAUCGGAAACCGCAGGAGCAUCCGGAGUGGCCGUGACGCCGCUCCUCCUUCUCUUCCCAUCUCCUCUCCUCCCCAAUCUAAAUGAAAACAAAAUUGAAAUCGAAAUGGACCUCAGACAGGCAGGUAAGGUGGUUGUGAAAAAAUGCUCUGUCCCUGAAGCACCAAGGAUGGAGUCAGUCGUUAUUCAUCUUGAUUCAGAAUGGCCAGAGAGGACUCCGUCAAGUGUCUCCGCUGCUCACUCUAUGCUCUGAAUUUCCUCUUCUGGCUGAUGUCAGCCUGUGUUCUGGGUGUGUCUGCAUGGAUGAGGGAUUACCUGAAUAAUGUACUAGUAUUAACAACAGAAACCAGGCUUGAAGAGGCAUUCAUUCUGACAUAUUUACCAGUGAUCCACCCUAUAAUGAUUGCGGUGUGCUGUUUUUUAAUAAUAGUUGGGAUGUUAGGCUGCUGUGGAACAGUGAAAGGCAAUCCGCUGCUCCUUGCUUGGUAUUUUGGUAUCCUGCUCGUAAUUUUCUGUGUGGAAUUGGCCUGUGGAGUUUGGAGCUAUGAUCAGGAUAACUUGGUCUCCCUGGAAAGGUCUGACAUGCUUGGAUUGAAAACCAAAAUGCUUAAGUAUGGUAUGGGCAGGUACCAAUGGUUAACCCAUGCCUGGAAUUUCUUUCAGCGAGAGUUCAAGUGCUGCGGAGUCGUGUACUUCACAGAUUGGUUAGAAAUGACAGAAAUGGAGUGGCCUCCUGACUCUUGCUGCAUUCGAGAAUUCCCAGGAUGUUCCAGACAAGCCCAGCAUAGUGACCUGACUGACCUUUAUCAAGAAGGUUGUGGUCAGAAAAUGUACAGUUUCCUGCGUGGCACAAAACAAUUGCAGGUGUUGAGGUUUCUUGGGAUUUCGAUUGGUGUAACACAGCUGCUGGCCAUGAUUCUCACCAUUACCUUACUCUGGGCUCUAUACUUUGACAAAAAAGACCUAGGGUCUCAAGUGGUGGCUCCAAACAAAGUCGUCAUUCAACACCACUCAAGGCAUUCAAUGGAAUUGUUAAAGCACGGUUCAAGGGUUUGUGAACUCAGGCAGACGGGCCCAGCAAGCAGCUUCUACUCGCACUUUGAAAUGGCAGAACUCUAGCUGCAAGCUGAUCGAGCCAGCUAGAUUCUCAAAUUAUUGCACACAGUUUCCCCUAAUGGUUUACCCUUUUAAACGAAUGCCAGUGGUAACAUUUGCAAGGAGAAAUGGAUGUGUUAAAUCUUCUAAUUGCGGGCCACCAUCUGUAAAGAGAUAAGAGACGGUGGUGAAGAAAGAUUCACUUUGUGCAAGUAAAUGUAUUCAUCACAUUUGUAGAUUCUUUUAACGGUACAGAAUAUGAAAGGUACUAAAACAAGCCAUGAGAUUGAGAUUUGUUUUUGAAUUAAUCCACGCUGGAGGAGGAAGACUGAUUGUGUUUUAAAACAAGUCAAGAGAUACAUAGGUUCCACCAAAGCAGUUAACACAAUUAGCACAUUUACAUUUUACUUUAAAAGUAUUGAUGUAAUUGAUUAAAUCUUGCAUUUCUACAGGAAUUAGUUUUUGAUUCAUGAUAAUUGGAAGUGAAUCUUCUAAUCUUUAUGGCUUGAUAAUAAUAAUGAUGAAAUGCAUGCAUGAUCCAUUCGUCUUGUGGUUUAAAAUACCUCCUUAUUGAUCAAAUUUAGAGGAAAGGUUAUAGAGGACUGAUUUUCAGGAACUGCAUUAUGAACCGUGCUCAAACAAUGUUUAAUCAGCCUGGCUCAGUUGGUAGCACUUUCGCCUCUCACAUUUAUGGGUUCAAGCCUCAUGUCAGGUCUUGAGACUCAUAGUCGAGGCUAACAAUCCAGUGUGGUGCUGGGGGUGUGCUUCAUUGUUGGAAGUGCCAUCAAUUGGAUGAGAUGUCAAGGGCCUGACUGCAUCAGGUGGAUGUAAAUGACAUUGUUUGAAAAGAGAAGGGAGUUUGUCCAAGUCAACUCCCCCUCCAAUAAAAUUGGUUAUUCACUUCAUGGGUGAUUAUGGGACAUUGCUUUGUACAAAUUGGCUGCCAUGUUCAUCCACAAAACACAGAAUCAAAAGUUCUUUGAGAUGUCCACCCAACAUGAAAGGCACUAUAUCAAACGUAGGGAUUAUUAUUAACAAUUGUUUCUGAUUAUGCAAAGCUCUAUUAUUGAAAUACUGUCUUGUUUGAUAGAUAUAUUGAAAUAGGCUGGUCCUUCCAGGUACAAACAGUAGCAGAAGUACCAGCUCAUAAAUCAUAGGGGGAAAUACCAGAAACUAUUUUCAAGUCAUCAUUUUAACUUCUUGAAGAGUUUAAAAAUACAAAGAAACCAAAGUUUUCGUUUACAAAUACUUCAUGGAUGGUCUGAAACAAUUCUGACUAUGCCACAAAGGAUUGAAAGCAGCUUAAGACUCACAGUAAAGUCAUCAUUUUCAAAAAGCUACUAUGAAUGUUAAAGUAAUCUCCAUUCUUGAAUUUUCCUGGUUACAUUUGGCUCACAUGUGCCUGUGUGAGGCAAUGUGAGCUACAACAACUUGCAUUUAUAUAGUGCCCCCUCAAGCAGUGUAGCGUCCCAGAGCGCUUGACAGUGGCGGAGCACGAACUAAUGCUUGGUAGUUUGUACGUCCUGUAUAUUACAUGUCUCUUACAAACAAAAUAAAAAUAUAUCAGUUUCAAUAAACGUAAUUCAAACCAA